CGUACGCGAGUGUUUGCAAGUAGAGUCUUCGUAAUCGCGCCGUCGAAGUGUCACUUGUUUUUUUUUUUGUCUCGUUACUUUCCUUACUCAACUUACAACACGCCUCCCGGAAUUAUGGCGAUUCUUCUUAUUGAAAUAAAUGUCCAAUGAGGAGCGUCUUCGCUCACUUCUCUCCGAUCUUGGCAAAGCGACGCUGAGGGGUGUGAGAAAAUGUCCCAAAUGCGGCACCUAUAACGGCUCUCGAGGCUUGUGUUGCAAAAACAAAUAUUGUAACGCUGUUUUCAAAGAGCCCGGAGAAAGGCGGAAACUAUCCACCGAAGCUUGCAAACUUAUAACCGGAUCUACUACUCAAGUAUUUUCUGUUCGUGUACGCGAUAAAGGACCUGAUUAUCGAGGAUUCGUUCAAUUGCCACUGAUCAAUGCAUCUGUUUCUAACGAAAUCACAACUCUCUUACCACAAACUACCGCUCUGUGCUUUGUCGAUAGUUGUGAAAAAAGUUUUGACACAAGUGUCCUAAAAUGUCACGAAGAAGAUAUUGGCGAUUUGACAGUACCAACGUGUCAGCACAUUCAAGCAGCACUACGAUGUUACGCCGAAGCUCAACCACUUACCUUGAGAAAUUCGAUUCUAUCAUCGUUAAACGUUAACAAUGAAAUCAAGCAAGAAAUCUGGCUGCUUGCAACCGAAACAUCAGGCCCUCUUGUGCAAAGAGUCUCGAAGAAUAUAAUGGCUGUAAAGUGCAAAGCAUCCCCUAAACAUCCCCUGGGGUAUCUUCAUUUUUCAUUUUACGUGACCAAAUUGAAAGAUCGAACGGAGCAUCGAUAUUUGUGCAGUUGUACAGCCUUUAAAGCUCCGAUAAAAGUAAUUGGUGAAAAGGUUGAGAAUCAGACUGUCCCCGCUCAAAGAUGCGCACAUUUUUACGCCUGUGUUUGUGCAUUUGCAAGCGAUCCAAAAUUGUCCGAAGAAUUCGAUUAUUAUAUAAAUCUCGAUCAAUCGGAUUUGAGAGUACAAAAGUCAAUGGACAGUUCGUUUCAAAAUGAUGAGUCUGAUAAAAUCAUUGGAAUGGAUUUGGAAAAUCUCACUCCAGACGACAACGACACACAAUUGCUAAUAUUUCGCGACGAUACUUUGGCUGUGCAGAGUUUAGAUGCUGGAAGACUCGAUAUUGAUUCCAUGAAUUUAGAACCAUCGAUUUUACAGAACAGCAUCGUUGGAAGUAUCGAUGUCGAAUGCGAUCGCGCAUUGCUCGAUGAUAAUAGUAUCAUUUCUCAGAUCCACAAUUCGGAGGUGAUGGAUCAAAGAGUAGUGUUGGAGGGCAACAACGUGAAAAUUUUGGACGAUCAAUCGGAAAUUGAGGCAAAAUACAAUAUAUUGAACAGCAGUGGUUAUUUGUUGGACGAGAGCAACAUAAAAGUACUAAACAGCGGCACCGUUAAAGUGUUGGAAGGCCAAACAAUACUCGAAGCAAAUAAUUUGAAGUUGUUACAUACCAGUGGAAUAAUGGAUGCAUGUGGGAUAAAAAUAAUUGAAAAAAGUGCGUUAUUGCAGUGUGAUUGUAGCGUGGCAUCGCAAAGUGAGCACACGAGUCCAGCAGCAGUAAUGCCUUCAAGUUCGUCGAAAAGAAAAAGGGACGAAAAACUCGCGAGCACGACAAAUACGACGAGCAUAAAUAAUCUAAAUUCGAUCGAGAAUCGAAAAGCGAGAACGAAGCCACCAACGAUAUUAAAAAAAUAUACAAACACGAUGGAAACUUUGGACGAGGCAAACACGAGCCUUUCAUUUAUCAAGUGGCUUGCAUCAAUUACCGAGCGUAUCAACCAAACAAUGCAUUUUCAAUUCGAUGGAAAACCCGAUCCGUUGGUAUUUCACGUGCCUCAAAUCUUUUUCGAUUGCCUUCGCGAACGAAUAUCAUGCGGUGGUAAAAAAAAACGAUUACCCAAUUCAACAACUGCUUUUGUUCGGAAAGAUGGUGUUCCUUUGGGCACUUUUACUAAAUACACUUGGCAGAUAACCAACAUUCUACACGUUAAAAGUAUUUUCGAAACUCCCCUCAUACCGCUCGAGAUCACCAGAAGUUUCGUUCAACAUUCUGACGGCACUUAUGAACUUUACAAACGAGAAGAAACAGAAAUUGAUCGGUUUAAAAAAACCGGUAACAAAGCUCUGAUUAAACCUCUGGAGUUGAAAACGUAUUUGAAAGUUGGAAAUACAUCGCCGAACCAGAUCGAGCCAACGCCAUUUUUGAUUGAAUGGAUACCGGAUAUACUUCCUGUGUCCAAAAUAGGUGAGCUCAGGAUACGAUUUGAGUUCGGGCACGUGAAAAACGAAACCCCUCAAAGGUGGAGAAAGCUGGCCUUAUCUAAAAACUACUGAGCUCGAUAAAAAACAAUGCUUGAAAAAGAAAAUUUUUCUGAAGGAAGGAAGUAAGACAAAAACUUCGAGGAUUCGUUGUUCUCGACGGGAAUCAUUGUUUGAAAAGCAAACAAACGGAAAAUGAAUAUGUGAUAUUCACGCGUCUAGAAAAUAUAGAAAAAUAAUAAUUCGUCUUUAUUCUUUCUCGUAUAUUUGUCAUCAUAUGCAUAGCUCGUGCACUAACGUAAUCGAUUGCGAAAUCGGAAUAGUGUGUGAUGGGUUUAGUGCUGAUUUUGUAUUUAACACGAUGCAAAUCAUUUGUACAUAUUGUGUGUAGUUGAAUUUUCGUUGUGACUUCAGCCUAUUUAGCAAUUCAUCUUUUUAACCAUUUUUCCGUUUUAUCAAUCGAGAAUGAAAAUUACUAUUGUGCAGAUUAAACGAGCGGAUGAAAAGAUGAAUUGGCGAUCGAGGGGUUUGAGACACGAAAAAUACCAACAUUAUUUAUAUUUGUAAAAAUUAAUAAAUUCCUGUUUUCAAUA